UACACAGUACACGCUUUCGUCACAUGGUGAAAUACGGAAUUUCACUCACUGCCGAAAUGUGAACUUUUUUAAUAUUAAAUUGAUCGAAAUUUGUGCUGGGCCUUCACAUCGCAAGCAAAAAUAGUCUGCUUACAGGACCCAGUGGGUUUUAGAACUGUUUACCCCGCCAGUUGUCUGUGUUUUCUAGCUUAAGUUUAAGUGGUUCACAAAUUGUCUUCCUCGAGUGGCGCGACCACGUACCACGCGAUUGGUAGUAAUUGACACGACUAGCCGGUGAAAUUCCGCCGCAUUGACUGGUUUUCAAUCACAAAAAAAAUAAGAUUUUUGUGGACAGAGGCAACACUUCCUCCACCGUGGUAGACGGUUGGGGGAUCCCAGCACCAUGUCUUCAAACGACGAGUCCGCAGCAGACCGAAAUGUGGAGAUUUGGAAGAUCAAAAAAUUGAUCAAGAGUUUGCAGGCGGCUCGUGGAAAUGGAACCAGUAUGAUCUCCCUCAUCAUCCCGCCCAAGGAUCAGAUCUCCAGAGUGGCCAAGAUGUUGGCUGAUGAAUUUGGCACCGCCUCAAACAUCAAGAGCAGAGUCAACAGACUGUCAGUGCUGUCGGCGAUCACGUCGGUACAGCAGCGUCUCAAGCUGUACUCCAAGGUUCCGCCCAACGGUCUGGUGAUCUACUGCGGCACCAUCGUCACCGACGACGGCAAAGAGAAGAAAGUCAACAUUGACUUUGAGCCCUUCCGGCCGAUCAACACGUCGCUGUAUCUGUGCGACAACAAAUUCCACACCGAGGCCCUAACUGCCCUUUUGGCGGACGACAACAAGUUUGGCUUCAUCGUCAUGGAUGGCAACGGCGCCCUCUUUGGCACCCUGUCAGGAAACACGCGAGAGGUGCUGCACAAGUUCUCGGUCGACUUGCCCAAGAAACACGGUCGUGGUGGUCAGUCGGCGUUGCGUUUCGCCCGUCUGCGCAUGGAGAAGAGACACAACUAUGUUCGCAAAGUGGCGGAGGUUGCCGUGACGCUGUACAUCACUAACGACAAGCCCAACAUCGCCGGGCUGAUCCUCGCCGGCUCCGCCGAUUUUAAGACGGAGCUGAGUCAGUCGGACAUGUUUGAUCCUAGACUGCAAACCAAAAUACUGAAGCUGGUUGAUGUCUCCUAUGGAGGCGAGAACGGCUUCAACCAGGCCAUUGAGCUGUCCUCUGAGGUGCUUGGCAACGUCAAGUUUAUUCAGGAAAAGAAGCUCAUCGGCAAAUAUUUUGACGAAAUAUCACAAGACACGGGCAAGUAUUGCUUUGGCGUGGUGGACACGCUGAAGGCCCUGGAGAUGGGAUCCGUGGAGAUCCUGAUAGUUUGGGAGAACCUGGACAUCCAGCGAUUCCUCCUCAAGAACCACUCCGCCGACGAGGAGAAGGUUCUCCACCUCAACCCAGAACAGGAGCGGGACAGGACAUACUUUAUGGACAAAGAUACCGGUGUGGAGCUAGAAUUGAUGGAAUCCCAGCCACUUCUGGAGUGGCUGGCCAACAAUUACAAGACCUUCGGAUCGACACUUGAAAUAAUCACGGACCGGUCACAAGAGGGCUCACAGUUCUGCAAGGGCUUCGGAGGGAUCGGCGGCAUCCUGCGCUACCGGGUGGACUUCCAAGAGAUGGAACCGGAACUAGAUGAGUUUGGUGAUUUUGACGACUACUAAACAUUAACCGGAUAAGCUCUUGUCUUGGUGAUCGGAUCACGAGACGUGCGGGAUAAGCUGGGGAUUAAAAAGUCAUAUAUGUAAAUCUGCACAGAAGGGUUGAGUGGAUUUAAACGAGUGAUUAGGUUUUAGUGGAAUGAUCCUAUGAGUGCAAAUAAUAGUGGUCCCUGUCUUACAUAUGAAAUUACGGCCGUGUAAAGUUAUUGACGGCAGUUU